CUGGGGUUCAGUCUCGUUGGCGCACUUCUUGACCGCCAGCGGCAAAACCCGCCAAAUUUUGGCGGACUUUAGUGGCAGAAACGGUGACCAUAGCGACUGCAACUGCAGGACCUAACCAGUGAUGUUGAUUCUUUAGAUCUCCAACAACGUAUUUUCAAAGGGAAAAAGUAAACAAAGCUCAGUCAACAUGCCCAGAGAAGCAGAACCGUCAGCCAACGAGAAGGCCUUUCUCUUGAAGGCGCUUCAAGACGAACAGAUUCGCCUCGAUGGCCGUGAAUUCGACCAAUACCGUCCACUAGAGCUCACGUUUGGAGACGAAUAUGGCGUCGCCAAUGUAUCGCUUGGCAAGACAAAAAUUCUUGCCAAAGCCUCCGCCGAAGUAACAGUCCCCUUUGCCGACCGCCCGCUCGACGGCAUCUUCACCAUCGCCACCGAACUCUCCCCCAUGGCCGCGCCUCACUUCGAAGUGAACCGGCCCACCGAAACCGAAGUGCUGCUCUCACGCCUGCUCGAAAAGACCGUCCGGCGCUCCGGCGCCCUCGACACCGAGUCGCUCUGUCUGGUCGCGGGGCAAAAGUGCUGGUCCGUCCGGGUCGACGUGCACGUGCUUUCGCACGACGGCAACCUGACCGACGCGGCCUGCUUCGCCGUCGUCGCCGCCCUUCGCCACUUCCGAAAGCCCGACACCAGCAUGGAGAAUGGCGUGCUGACGGUGUACACGCCUGCGGAGCGGGAGCCGGUGCCGCUGGGCUGGCUGCACUCGCCUUUCUGCGUGACGUGGAGUUUCUUUGGCGACGAGGGUGAGACAGCGUUGUUGGAUGCGGAUUGGAUGGAGGAGCAAGUCAGGGUCGCCAGUGUCACGAUUAGUUUGAACAGGCACGGAGAGAUCUGUCAGAUCGCGAAGCUCGGGGGUGUACCGGUCGAGGCAGUUGCGCUACUGCAGUGUACCAGCGUGGCGCUGACGAAGGUGAAGGAGUUCUCCACUUACUUGGAUGGCAAGUUGGCGGAGGACGCGAAGAGGAGGGAUAAGGGUGGGUUUAUGGCGGAGUUGAGGGCGGAGAAUGAUCGCAUUGUUGGGUGAAGCGGUUGAGGACGUAGAGGAAGAAGUGAGAUACCCAGGUACGGCCAUGGAGCCGAGCAGAACAACAAGGCUGUGUGGUUGAAGGCGAAACCUGACGAGGAUAUGGGACAGCUCUACAGCUGGUCUCUGUACUUUUCUCAGUCAAAAGAGAACGGCAAGAAUUGUCCAAGAGGCAAGUCACUCCGCGGAAUGGGCUCUAUUAUUAUGAUGGGGGGCGCCGCGAGUGCCGUAUCCUCCCUCAUGUCUAAAGGGAGUUAUCCCGUUAGCGGCGACCGGAAUUGCUAUCUAACGUUACACA